UCAACUCGCUCCCUUUGUCUCGACACUUUCAAGCAGCCGAAACUCUUGCCUUGUUUUCAUGUGUUUUGCAAGUCCCCGUGUCUGGAGAAACUAGUGACCAAGGAUGGACGCUCCCUAACUUGUCCCACCUGUCGACACAUUGUCCCACUGUCAGAGAGGGGAGUGGCUGGACUGCAAUCAGACUUCCACAUCGACCACUUGUUUGAGAUACAAGAUGCUUUCAACAAAGCUGAAGACGACAAUGAUACAAACUGUGGCAGCUGUGAGGAUGGCAAAGCCACUGGAUACUGUAACGACUGUAACGACUGUGGGGACUUUUUGUGUGAGGAAUGUCAAACUGCUCAUAAGAGACUCAAAUACACGAGGAAUCAUUAUCUCAUUUCGCUCAACGCACUCAAAGCUCAAAUGACGGGCCUGGUUCCCCCCCAAAAAGCCACCCCCAAUUGCCCUAAACACUCGAAGAAUGACCUCAAAAUAUACUGCGAUACUUGCUCCACUCUCAUUUGCAUGGACUGCACCAUUCGUCUACACAAAGACCAUAACUACGACCUGGUGGCUGAUGUGCUGACCAAGCACAAGGAAGAACUUGUCUCCAGUCUCAAACCAGUCAAAGAGAAGCUGGACAGUGUACAACGAGCUCUGAAGGACUUUGACACAAGAGCCAAGGCAAUUCACGAUCAGAGGACCACGAUUGAAGCCAACAUCCACAAGGAGAUUGGUGAACAACAUCGACUGUUGGAUCAACGAAGGGCAGAGCUUGUAGGAGAGCUAGAGAUGCUGACUCAGCAAAAGCUGAAGGAUCUAGCGGCACAGAGGGACCAAGUGGAGAUCACUCAGGUGAAACUGACCAGCUGUCUGGAGUACGCUGAGGGGGGUCUCAAAACAGGCACAGACGGUGAAAUACUCAAAAUGAAAUUUUCCGUUGUUAAGAGAGUCGAACAGAUCACUACCGAAUUCGAAUCAAAAACUAUUCAGCCAGAAACAAAGGCUGACAUGGAACUGACCACAAAAGGAAAAGAACCUCUCCAACAAGCUUGCCGAGAUUUCCUAGAGAUUGAACAGCGUGGAUCAUUCAGUUUAGAGAACAGCCACACGACAGGAGAUGGUCUAAAAGGUGCUACAAUUGGAGAAAUAAAAACUGUGUCCUUUCAACUAAUGACCAAGAAAAACAAGAAAUUCAACGGCAAAAGCAACCUCAAAGCUGAACUUGUGUAUAUCGUGAGCAAAGACAUAUUGAAAUGUGAAGUGAUCGAUCAACAACACGGUCAACACAAGAUCAACUAUCGCCCAAUGAAACGAGGAAAGCAUGAACUACACAUCACUGUCAAUGGGAACGCAGUACGAGGCAGUCCAUUCCCAAUAGCUGUAGCCCCAUCACCACAGAGCUUCAUCAAGCCUUCCCGAGUUGUACGAGGUGUGAACAAGCCACGAGGCACUGUCUCCAACAGUAAGGGAGAGUUGGUUGUUGUUGAAGGUGGUGGAGCUACUAUCUCUGUAUUGACACCAGAGGGUGAGAAGAUACGAACGUUCGGAAAGCUGAAUAAUGCAUAUGGAGUGACUGUGGACAAAGACGACAACAUCUAUGUAAUGGAAGUUAACAAUCAUCGUGUGAAUAAGUUCUCAUCCGACGGAGAGUUUGUGGCAGCUGGUGGUAGUCUAGGCAGUGGUAACCUUCAGUUUAGUGGCCCACUUGGUAUUUGUUACAACAGAAGAGACAACAACCUGUAUGUGCCUGAUCAGAGUAACAACAGAAUACAAGUGCUCUCUACUGAACUGAAUUUCGUACGAUGUUUCGGUACACCUGGCAAAGGGAACGGACAAUUACAAAGCCCAUUAUAUGCAGCAUUUGAUAGUGCCAAUAACCUCUAUGUGACUGAGUACACUAACCAUCGAGUACAAGUCUUCACUGCUGAAGGUCAAUUCCUGAGAACCUUCUCACAAAAAGCCAACGGUCAUCAGAAGCUGAGCUCACCCUAUGCCAUAGCCAUCGACAGCAGUGACACAGUGUACGUUAGUGAGAAUGGACUGUAUCAUGUGAAUGUGUUCACAUCUCAAGGAGCAUACAUCACCACGUUUGGCGGACCAGGAACGAAAGAAGGACAGUUUAAUAACAUUUACGGACUCUCUAUUGAUCGCAAUGACUCCGUUGUUGUAUCCGAUGAAGGCAACGAGCGACUACAGAUAUUCUAACGAGAUAAGUGCAGUCAAGCCAAGAUCUUUUAAGUAGACUAUGCGUUGUAAUUAAUUUGUGCUCUAAUGGAACAUCUUGAAAUAGUUGUUACAAAGUUUGUUUCUAUGUUUGUAGCCAUGUUUCUAUCGAACUUGGACCACUUGCGGCGUAUUUUG